UGGAUUUACCGCCGAGCGGGAUGAGGGAUUUGGCUUGUGCAUUAGGUAGUCAAUAGUUCUAUCUCGCCUGCAUGGUCGUACGUGGCGGUUGUCGUGAAUGGGAUACUCCGUACUAUGGGGUCGUUAUCACACUUAUCUGCGAAUGUGGCGUGCUGGUAUUCGAAAGUUGGGAUUCUUUAUCCAGAUCCUUAAUUUUCCCCGGAUACCCAGGCAGUGUUGGUCGGCAGUUGCCAUCUUCAAUGCUGCGAUACAUUCAGCGGGGUUGUUGGAACAUCCGGGUCAUUCCUUAAUAGAUGUAGUGGUAAAAUCCAUCCCACGGCUCUCUUCACUACACGGUCAUGUGAAGAACAACACUAGUUCACAUCUCGCAGACCCAACUUACACCCUCUUCUGUCCUCCUUCAUUCUUCAUUCUAAACAGAACUUUCACGGCGCACUUUGUUCUCUGCUUCUGUGCCAUCUUCUUCCGCUACAACAGAGCUGCAUCUAUUUGAUGUGAUCGGAUAUCCUUACUUCGAUCUUCAGCUGUCCAGCCCACGUAAAAUGGCUCCCAGAAGCUUGAGAAUAACGUGAGUAACUUGCAGUGACACGCUUAGCACUUCCAGGGAUCAACAUUAGAGAACGGUCUCUCCCAUUCCAAGGCAUCUAAUAUCUGACACCCUUUUCUAAGAUACUUUUGGCGCUUUGGAAGCUUCUUUAUAGCUCGCUCGCGGUGCCAA